AUGUCGACCACUACAACUAAAACAACUACGCAGUUCGACUCGCGAAGAUUGCAAAUAACAGAAGAUGCUCAGCCACCAAAGUCCCAGCGUUCUCGCUUGCAACAGGUGGUGGUGAUGCUACAGCUCUGUGCCGUCACUCUGACAGCCUCCUUGAUCAACGGGUUGGUGAUUGUUGGUCUGCCCACCAUCAAAAAAGACCUCCAGCUGCCACCUUCUCUUUCUUUUUGGCCAUCUUCAGUGAGCAAUCUUGCCACUGCGUCCACGCUUCUGCUAGCAGGAUCCAUUGCGGACACUGUUGGUCCACGAUGGGUUGAGCUUGUCGGAUGUCUGGCUAGCGGAGCGUUAAUGCUCGGUCAAGGGCUGUCUCGAACUGGCGAAGAGUUGGUUGUGAUGAGGGCACUGCAGGGAGUCGGUCUAGCAUUGCAUCUGGCAUCUUCUGUUUCUAUCAUCACGCAGAUUUUGCCCCAAGGAAGAGGCCGUAACUUGGCUUUCUCGUGCAUUGGUCUCAGUCAGCCGCUUGGCUUCUCGCUCGGGCUGGUUGUGGGUGGUAUUUUGAUUGAUACCAUCGGCUGGUGCGCGGGAUGGUAUAUAGCGGGAGGAAUAACCCUCUUCUUCUCGCUAAUCGGCAUGUGGGCUUUACCCAAGAGCGACGGUCAUCAAUAUGCCAAUGUUAUGCACAAUUUCAGGACCAAGGUCGACUGGGUCGGCGCUGGGCUGGCUUCUGCAUUCAUGGCUUUGAUUUGCUAUCUACUGGCCAUUUUGAGUGCUGAUCCCUCGCGGAUCAAAACCGCCGAAGCCAUUGUCAUUUUGUGUCUUGCUGUAACAGCGCUUCCGUCUUUCGUUGCUUGGUCCCAUUACCAGGUCAAGAGAAAUAGGCCGGCGCUAAUCCCGAAUUCGCUCUGGAUGAACGCGUCUUUCUCGAGUAUUUGUGCUACAAUCGCGCUGUCGAAUGCAGUCAUCAACUCCAUGGAGCUAUUCGCUGCCUUGUUUUUCCAGGAGGUUCAAUACCUCUCCGCUCUGCAGGCAUCCAUCCGCAUCCUCCCCAGCCUCGUAGUAGGCGUACUCCUAAACCUCGUGAUUGGAUUCGUCGUCCAUCGUGUCCCCGCAUUCUGGAUAGUAACCAUCACCUCCAUCCUCUGCGCCGGCUCUCCUUUACUCAUGGCCGUCAUCCAACCAUCAUGGCCUUACUGGGGCAACGCCUUUGUCGCCCAGCUCCUGCAACCCGUCAGUUUCAAUGCUCUCUUCACCAUCGGACUAAUCGUGAUCACGGAUGUCUUCCCGAGCAAUACACAGGCUCUGGCAGGCGCGGUGUUCAAUACAUCCGCACAAUUUGGUGGUGCACUUGGAAUGGCUAUCCUGCAGGUUGUUUCGACUAUCAUCACGGGCAAAUCUGAUAGAAAGGAGGAGACACAAGCGCUGAUGGAGGGAUAUCGGGCUAGUUUCUGGACUAUGUUUGGCUUCAUGAUUCUGUGUACGGCUGUUGGCUUUCUGGGGCUGCGGAGAGCUGGUAGGGUGGGAUUGAAGCGGGAUUGA